AUGAAGAAAACUCUGGUAUUAUUGUGUACUUUUGUGUCUACAAUUGUCCUUACUGUGCGCGCUACUCCUGCCAUCAGUGCUAACGAAAAUGCGAUUCCCGCCAUUAAUCGCAAUCAAUUGGAGGAGGGAUUUCUAAGAAAGCUGAAUAUAAAAUGUAGUCAAAGGGAUAAUCACUCUUGUAUGAUGUUGAAAUUAAUUGUUUACAUGAAUCGAAUAUUUAAAAAAUCGUCAAUAGAUGUGAAUAAGAAAGUUACAGUAACACAAAAUCGCGACAUGGAUGCCAUACCCAAUGAUCCCGAAGAUGACAUGCUAUUGGCCCGUUCCAUAGACUCAGACGAUGAAACUUUAGGUCUAAUAGUUGCCAACAAAUUGUGGAAAUUUAUCAGAUCACGCACGUUGCGCUACAAAUUCAGUGACAAUGCUGACUUUGUUAUGAAUACCGAACCAAAAGGCAAUUUAAAUUUAGGUGUUUCCAUUAGUCCCGUAGAGGCUUUGGAGGAGGGUCGUGGUAAAAUGAAAAACAUGGGCCCGAUUUUAUUACUGAUGGCCGGCAAGGCAGGUAUAGUGGGUGCCAUAUUACUUAAGGGUCUAUUCCUGUUGGCCGGUAAAGCGUUAAUUGUAUCCAAAAUAGCUUUGUUGCUGUCCGUAAUAAUUGCCUUGAAAAAGCUGUUGUCACAGAAAAAACAUAUAGUUGAGGUGCCGCAUCAUGACAGCUAUUCCGGCAGUGGUUGGGCUAGAGCUUUAGAUGGUUUCAUAGAGGGCAUAGUCGAGGUGCCGGCAAAAAUGUUGGCCGAAGAGGCUCAUGAUAUGGCGUUUAAUGGUCAAAAGCCUGAAGAAUUAUAA